AUGACAACGCGUGUCCUACCGACGGACGCAUCGGCGGAUGCGAGCCGACAACCCAGUCGGUGGCGAAGCACGGUUGUCUCGUAUACGCUCCUUGAUCGGCGGCUCGACGUUGUCGUCGCCACCGCCGUCGCAGACGCAGACCUGGCGGCCUCGAGCCGGCUCCUCGCACUCGCUGGCGGUCCCGGCGGGCUCUGGAAGAUCCUGACCGUCUCCGACAAUGGCACGUCGAUCCGGUGUCGGUCAAUUCGACCCAUCGACGACGAAGACGUCGAUCUCGCGUCGCUCUACCCGUGGGAGAUUGUGCACACGCGACUCGACGGGAACCCGACGCUGCGCCCGAAAAGCCAUGACAGCGCCUGCAGUGCCAUGCUACUGCCACCGCUCCUACUGCACUGUCGGACAACGAUCUUCAACGUAUACCGCAUCGACACGGUGGGCCAAACGUUCGACGCCGACGUGUACUUUGAGCUGCGCCUGCGCGCCAUCGCGACACCGACCGUCGACGAGGCGUGGGUCGCCGAGGUCGCGUCCGCCGUCGGCCUCUCGGAGAAAACCAUCGACUGCCUCAACGUCGUCUCGCAAGACGGCAACCGCGAGAUCUGGUCGAGCUUCAGCAUCCGGUCGAUGAUUCCAGGGUAUGCCGACUACUGCUAUAAACUGCGUCUGCGCGGGUCGUUUUCCGAGCAGCUCGAGCUGCAGAGCUUCCCGUUCGACACACAGCAACUGCAUGUGGUUUGGACUGUCAACCUGCCGGGCACGUUCGUCCGGCUGCGGGCCAACGAGCACUUCCCGAGCCUCUUUCUUCGCAACAACUUUCAACUUGGAAAUGUGUUUGAUGUCGUGAGCGCCGAGCACGUGAUUGCGAUGGUCGACCAAAGCGAUGCGGUCGAGUCGUCGUCCGGGCAUAUUUACGACCACUGCAGCACGUCGAUCGUGCUACAGCGGAAGCCCGGCUACUAUAUCACCAACAUUUUGCUCCCCAUGGGGCUGCUCACGUACCUUGGGUUUCUCUCGUUUGCGAUCGAGGUGCCUCGCACCCGCCUGGCGACCUCGGACCGCCUCUCGAUCUCGCUGACGCUGCUAUUGACGGCGGUCGCCUACAAGUUUGUCGUCGCCGGCGCGAUCCCGCAGAUCCCGUACAUGACGACGCUGGAUAUGCACACGACGCUGAGCUUUGUGUUUCUGACGCUGACGGCGGUCGAGAAUGCGCUCUUCCCGAGCUUUUGCUCUGGCGACGGCUGUUUUGAUGCCGAGACCAUCGUCAUGGCGGUCUUUGCGGCGCUCGUUACCGCCGGGUACCUCUACAUUAGCCUCGGCGCCCACUACGAUCUGCGCAACCGCGCCGCCGAGCACAAGGCGCUUCUGGACUACCACCUCUUGCAGAUUCUGAUUGCUCAAACAUACCCGACACAACCCGACGCUGUCCGAGCGCAACUGCUCGCCGAGGUGUGUGCAGCGACCAAGACACCCAUCACCACCACGGUCGGCGACGGCAAACGCACGGUUGUCAUCAAGAAGAGCGCAGGGCUCUGCAACGAACUUAAACAGCGCUGCCUCUGCGAGCUCGCGACAAAUGUGACCCGCCUCGGCAAUAGUGAUAGUGAUAUGCAGCUGCAAUGUGGCGAUGCCUGUGCGAUCCGAGAGCCGGGAGCACGCCCUGCCUGA